GAGUUUAGUAGUUCGUGUCAUACGUUUGUACGGUAUUAUGAUGCGUUUUCUGUGUAACAUGUAAGUGAUUUGAUGGUGGAGACAGGAAAUCACGGAAAGACGCAUAUUGAGUGUGGCAUGGAUUAGGAGAGCACUCAUGGACUCCAAGGGAACUAGUUGGCUGAAAAAAGAGAAGAAUGAAGUAUAUGCUGAACCAGGCUCCUUCGUUCAGUUACACACAUCUACCAUGAAAUUAAAAGAAGAAUUGGAUGAGAAAGUGAACCAACAGUUUCUUGAAGGUCCGCUAAAGAUUGUAAUGCCUAGUCUCCAUAUAAAGCAAGACCUAGAACUAAAACAGGAGGAUGGCAUUGAGCGUGAUUGUCUUGAAGAUAAUUUGGUAAUCUCUCAGCCAAAUGAUUUUAUCAAGGAGGAUCCUGAACUAAAUUUGGAGGUGGCAGCCUCAAUAAGAAAUGCAUCUGAUAGUUUAAGUUUCAUUCAAAGUGCUGGUGACAGCUGUAACGUUUCGUAUCAAGAAGCAUUUCAUCAAGGACUAGUCGAUGACGAUCAGGAGAUAGAUACAGAGAUGUCAACAGAUUUCAGUAUGUCUCAUAACUAUACCAAGUUACGGACUUCACAUGAAGACAGCUUAUGUGGCACGAGAUUAAGUUGUAGCAUUAGGGAAAAGGAAUUCCAUAAGUUUAACUGUAGUUUCUGCCUACAGAGCUUCCCUUCAAAAUACAGACUCAUAAUGCAUAUCUUCAUCCACAUUGAUGGUGUGCAGGCACCUGCAUAUGUGUGUAAGUCAUGUGGUGAGGUAUUGCCCACUGAUGACAGCUUGAAAGAACAUUUGAGAAUGAGUGAGGGUGACCAAGCAUUAUCAGCUGCCAACAGUGAGAAUCUUGAAUGCAGUGAUUACCAUGAAAACAUCAUCUCCUUAGAAAGUGUACGAGAAGAAAUCGUGGAACAGACUGAGAAGCAAUCUUCAUCCAAGGAAACCACGAAAACUUUAAGGAAAUCCUUUAGUGACACAAGCAAUACACAUACUGUGACACAAGUUGCAGAGCAACUCAGAUGUGAUGACUAUGGAAUUUUGUGUACAAGUGAUCAUGUUAAUGUCCACACUGUGCUAAGUGCAAAGACACGUCACAAAUGUGAUGUUUGUGGCAAAUUGUUUAAUCGUUCAAAUAGUCUCAAGGUACGAAGAUGCACAACCUACUUAAUAGAAACACAACUUGAUAUUCCUUCUGACAAGAACAGAGACAGUAAGGAUAUGGUGGAAAAUAUUAGUACUCUGUGUAUGAAAAUUAGCAAACACUAA